AUGUCCCAUGACAACUCAUGGCCUGUGGCGACAAAGUUCAUGGGGUUGGGAGCGAAAAAUGUCAAGGACAAUCGACAAAUAGUCACCACUUUGGACCACGAUGUGCAGAACAAGUCCGAGUCCAAUUUGAAAAAAUACGAGAAUAUCGAGCGAUUCGCCAAGGAGCAAGGGAUCGAUUUCUACCCUGCUGGUAGAGGUAUCGGUCACCAGAUUAUGAUUGAAGAAGGCUAUGCUUUCCCAGGGAAUAUGACGGUGGCAUCUGACUCCCAUAGUAAUACGUAUGGUGGAGUUGCAAGUUUGGGAACCCCCAUUGUGCGAACCGAUGCGGCAUCGAUUUGGGCUACUGGCCAAACGUGGUGGCAAAUCCCACCCGUGGCCAAAGUCGAAUUGAAAGGUCAGUUGGCUGAGGGUGUCACUGGUAAGGAUAUCAUUGUGGCCUUGUGUGGGCUCUUUAACAAGGACGAAGUCUUGAACCACGCUAUUGAAUUUGUUGGUGAUGGAGUCAAACAGUUGCCAGUGGAUUACAGAUUGACUAUUGCCAACAUGACCACCGAAUGGGGCGCAUUGAGUGGGUUAUUCCCCGUUGAUGACAAAUUGAUUGAGUUUUACCAACAACGAUUGGGCCAAGUUGGCGACAAGCAUCCUAGAAUCAACCAUGAAACUGUGGAAGCGUUGAAGUUGGAGCAGAUGAAGAGCGACGACGACGCCAAAUACGCCAAGCAUUUGGUGAUUGACUUGUCUACAUUGUCGCCCCACGUCUCGGGGCCAAACUCGGUGAAAGUCUCUACGCCAUUGAGCAAAUUGUCUGAAAACAACAUUGCCAUCAACAAGGCAUAUUUGGUCUCGUGCACCAACUCGAGAUUGUCGGACAUCAAGGCGGCAGCCAAGAUCCUUAGAGGCCGUAAAGUUGACCCCAACGUUGAGUUUUACGUUGCUGCCGCAUCGUCUUUGGUGCAAAAGGAUGCAGAAGAUUGUGGAGCUUGGUCGGAUAUCUUGGAAGCUGGCGCUAUUCCAUUACCGGCCGGGUGCGGUCCAUGUAUCGGCUUGGGAAGUGGGUUGUUGAAAGACGGGGAAGUGGGCAUCAGUGCCACGAAUAGAAACUUCAAAGGGAGAAUGGGCUCAAAGGAUGCCUUGGCUUACUUGGCCUCGCCCGAAGUUGUAGCAGCGUCGGCUAUCUUGGGUCGUAUUGGAGCACCAGAAGAGAUUGAGUCGAAACCCGUCAAGCCAAGCACAGCCACAGUUACCAGCAUCGAGAUUGAAAAGGGCAACGCUGACGAGUCGGCAUCAUUGGAAUCAGAAUCAGAAUCAACGGGAUCGGUGGAAGUGUUGCCGGGAUUCCCCAAGUCCAUUGAGGGAGAGCUUAUCCUAUGCAAUGCCGACAAUAUCAACACCGAUGGAAUCUACCCCGGUAAGUACACGUAUCAGGAUGAUAUCACCAGGGAGCAAAUGGCUGAAGUGUGCAUGGAGAACUACGACCCUGAAUUUAAAAACAAGACCAAAUCAAGUGACAUUAUUAUAUCGGGCUUCAAUUUCGGAACUGGAUCUUCGCGCGAGCAAGCAGCCACCUGUAUCUUGGCGCGUGGAAUGAAACUCGUUGUGGCAGGAUCAUUUGGCAACAUCUUCAGUCGUAAUUCAAUCAACAAUGCCUUGCUCACGUUGGAGAUCCCCGAGUUGAUCAACAAGUUGAGAGCUAAAUACGCCGAUUCCAAGGAGUUGACUAUUCGCACCGGCUGGUUUUUAAAGUGGGAUGUUACCAAGGCGUUGGUGGAAGUUGUUGAUUCGCAGGGACAAGUGAUUUUGAAGCAGAAGGUGGGCGAGUUGGGUACGAAUUUACAGGAUAUUAUUGUCAAGGGCGGCUUAGAAGGCUGGGUCAGAUCCGAAUUGGCCAAGGGUGUAUAA